AUGGCCGAACAUGAUAAACACCUUCGGUCGGUACUAAAAAAACUCAAGGAAUAUCAGAUGUAUGCAAAGUUCAAGAAAUGUGUGUUUUGGUUGGAAAAGGUAGCCUUUUUAGCUCAUAUAGUGUCUAAAGAUGGAGUGGAAGUGGAUCCUGCUAAAAUCGAAGUUGUAAGGGAUUGGCCAAAACCUAAGAACACAACAGAAGUAAGAAGCUUCUUAGGAUUGGCAGGAUAUUAUAGGAAGUUUUUUGAGGGAUUCUCAAAGAUAGCCACAUGCUUAACAAAUUUUACUCGGAAGCAGCAAAAGUUUAUUUGGAGUGACAGAUGUGAGGAUAGUUUCCAAACAUUGAAAUAUAAGUUAAUAUCUGCACCAGUGCUAUGUGUACCCACCAAUAAGGAUAAGUUUGUGGUAUAUUUCAAUGCAUCUAAAUUAGGGUUGGGAUGUGUGUUAAUGAAAAAUGAAAAGGUAGUAACCUAUGCAUCAAGACAAUUGAAUGAGUAUGAGCAGAGGUACCCCACUCAUGAUCUCGAGUUAGCAACAGUGAUUUUUGCAUUAAAGAUUUGGAGGCACUAUCUAUAUGGAGAGAAGUGUGAAAUCUACAUGGACCAAAAGGGCCUAAAGUACUUCUUCACCUAG